UGCUGAGAAAGGGCCAGAAGCAGCCCUGGAAAAAAUCACAUACUGACUCAUGAACAGUGGGCCGAUCAGUCCUCCUGGCAUCCCACGAUGCAUCACUCCUCACCCCCACUGCCCACCCUCUACCCCUUCCAGGGUAUCUCAGCUGUGUCCCCACUCCCUCCUGGACUAUGCCCCCAGCAGCAGUGGGGUGGGCGGUGAAUGAUUUCCCCCCUGCCUGCCCCUAGCCAGGCCCCAUCCCACUGCCCCCUUCGCCGGGGCCCAGACGCUUCUGUGUCACCUGCAAUUGACUCAUCCCUUCCGGCCACGCCUCCCCACCCUAUAAAUACCCCCAGGGCCCAAGGAAGUUAGGCCAGGAGCAUGGAGGAUUCAGGAGCUGCUACAGAGCCUCCGCUGCUUGUCACAGGGGCUCCAGGCUCCCAGCCAUGCGAGCUGCCCAUGCCUCAGACCAAGGUCUUCCGGUACCGCAGCUGGGACAUCAACCAACAGUCCUUGUAUCUGCGCAAUGACCAGCUGGUGGCCGGGUACCUGCAGGGCCCCAACACUGCCCUGGAGGAGAAGAUCUACUGGGUGCCCAGCCGAGGCUUCAAGCAGAAUAAGUUGCCCAUCGUGCUAGGCAUCCAAAGUGGCACACGCUGCCUAGCCUGCAGCGGCACAACCCAGCCUGAGCUGGUGCUGGAGGAUGUAAACAUCACAGCAGCAGCAGCACAGGCAGGGCAGGCAGAGCCCCGCUGGACCUUCUUCCGCUCCUACCAGGAUGGUGCCUGGCGCUUUGAGGCAGGCUUUGAGGCAGCUGCACGGCCUGGCUGCUUCCUCAGCACCGCAGCCCAGCCUGGGCAGCCUCUGGCACUUGCCCAUCCCCCGGACCCAGCCCGUGUCCUUGAUUUCUACUUCCAGGGCUGCUGAGAGCCUCACCCAGCAUCCACCGCCAUUGUUAUGUUCCAGAGUGAACACCCCGAAACUGAGGAGCCCGGAGGCAGUGGGGGUGCAGAACCCUAUUCAACACCCCAGCCAGCAUUAGGUUCCAGAGUGAAUACCCAAGACUGAGGAGCCCAGAGGUGGUGAAGGUGGAGACUCCACAACCUCUCAUGGCAGCCCCAUCCAUCACUGCCACCCUAUACAGCAUUAGGUUCUGGAGUGAACACCCCACAAGACGGCCGUGCCCAGAAGCCAUGGGAACAGCCAGCGCAAUUCAUUGCCCUGCUUCCCUCAUUAGGGUCCAGAAUGAACCCUCAACCCUAAGUCACCCAGACACUGUCGGGAUGGACAGUUCCAUCCACUCCUAAACCCUGUCCUUGGGUUCCAGGGUGAACAACCCGCCAAGACCAAGGAGCCCAGACACCAGAGGUGGGCAGCCUUCACAUACCACCUGUUACAUCAUUAGGUUCCAGAGUUAGCACCACCACAAACUGCAGUGAGUGUUGGCAACCCCAACCCCACCCACUGCCCUCCAUACCCAUUGUUAGAUUCCAGAGUGAACACACCCAGCAACUGAGAAGCCAAGCACUGCAGAGAUGGGUGGCCUUCUCCCAUUGCCCCCACCCAUCAUUAGGGCCCAGAGAGAAUGCUCCCCAUCAAUGCAUCCCCAUUCCCCCCAUGUACAUAGCCCCUGCACAAUCACCCUCUGAAUAAACCUUGCUGUCCUGA